GAAGGGAUGUCCAAGAGAGAGAAGAUAGCAAAAAUGUCACUAUCAGUUGAGCCUGCAUUGAGGACACUUGCCUGGUUGCUCCCUGGUAGAUUUGACGAUUCAGAGCUCGUAGCGGAGUGCAUUUUCAGCUCGCUCAAUGUUAUCACACAGGAGCAGGAUAUUCAGAACGCUACCCAUUCUAAGAAUCCACAUAGCCGAUACACCACCAAAGCUGACUGGGGAGCAUUACACAAGAUAUCUUCAAGACUGUUGACUUUGAUAGGUUCAUUGCAGCUCUUGGGUGAAAUAGUUAUGCAUAGAAGGGAAAGAACAUCAGAAAGUGCCGGUAAACAGCGUUGGAAUUACAUUUCUGCAGUAGAAGCACUCAAAUUUACCUUACGUUUAAUCAUCCUUCUUAAAACCCGCUUUCGUCCACUCAUUCACCCGUCGACACCGUCACGAGAUCAAGACAGCACACUCGAUCCAGAGUACAAGCCAGCAAGCAAGGUGCGCAAUGUUGACGAAUUCAAAAGAGAAUACGGGACUGUCGAUAAUUAUCUCAGAAGCGUUGCAUUGGGUAGUGAUGCAUUUACCCCUCCAUCAGCAUUAGUUAGACCACUGAAUAGUAUUCCUCAGGUUGUUUCCGAGCUAUUACUUGCUGCAGAGCCACUAGUUUAUGCACUGGCCCUCAGGAGACAAUACAUCCGCACACAAACCAGGUACAAACCUUGGAGAACUAGAUCAGAGUGGACGCCUCUCCUUAUUUCACUCUCUAUGUCUAUUCUCAGCAGACAGCUACGGAAAUAUGAUCAAAGGAACGCUGUUUCACCGUACGCAUUUGAUGUCAACAAGAGCUCGAUUGAAAUGAACGAGCACAUGAGGCGCGAGCAAUCGUUUAUUAGGUACCUUCUCCGUGGUCCUAUCUGGUCAGAUUUUACCAAACCCCGCGUUGAAUCACUCGUCCACAGGUUUGAAAAUUGGCCUUUAAUUGGAUUAGCUGCAGGUAUCGUAGGAGAUUAUAUACCACUUGUUGACAAUUAUCACUUCUACACAUCUGCUUAAUUGUAUUUUUAUAAAUGCCAUCAAUUACAACAAG